CCCUGAACACUGAUUACCUGAACAUGACAACGUUGCUUGACGUCUUGGAAAAAAGGGAAAUCAAAUACGUCCGCCUUGAGUUUGGCGACAUGAAUGGUAUAUCCCGAUGUAAAGUCAUACCAUCCAGACACGUCCAAGAAAAAUUCACGGAGGGCAUCGACAUACCACUGGCUCAUUUUGGCAUGGACACUUCAAGCAACCUGGUCUUGGGUACAGGCUAUGGCACCGAAAUCUGCUGGGACGACGGGGUGUUCUUACCAGACUUAGCCACCUUCCGCUUCGUGCCCUGGCUGCCAGACACAGCCAUGGUGCUGACAGAGCCAACCUACCGUGGCAAUCCCAUGACGUCAUACCCACGAUAUAUCGCCGGAAAACAGUUGGAACAUCUUCAGGAAUUGGGCUAUACUUUACUGUCCGCACACGAGCACGAGUUCUAUGUCGUCGACGCAGAGACUAAGAAACCCCUACACAAGGGAAACCUGAGGUCCUCUCUGAGCAUAUUCAGAGAUGCAGAUUUGCUGUAUGCAUUCUCGCGAAAUUUGACGGGGAUUGGUGUAAAUGUCGAGGCCUUUGACACUGAAUUAUCCCCUGGCCAAGUGGAGAUCACCUACAAGCCGGCGUUCGGAAUCCGUGCAGCUGACAACGCACAUAUUUACCGUACAACUAUUAAGGAGGUUGCGCAGAGACACGGCUACAUCGCCUCGUUUAUGUCCAAACCGUGGGAGGACCAGUGCGGGAGUUCUGCCCACUUCUGUCACUCCCUCUGGGAUGCUUCAGGAAAGAAAGGCGUCAUGUAUGACCCAAAAGAUGAUCUGAACAUUUCAGAAGUCGCACAGCACUGGAUUGCCGGUAUCCUCGCUCACGCACCAGCAAUCAGUCUCUUGAUGGCGCCAACCACAAACUGUCAAAAACGAUUCAAACCUUUCAGUUUCGCGCCGAUCAACGCCACGUGGGGAAUAGCCAACCGGACAUGCGCCUUGCGGCUCAAGGUAAAAGGUGAAGUGGGAACCUAUUUGGAGAAUCGAAUGGGAGCCAGCGGCAGCAAUCCUUACCUGAGCCUGGCCGCUACAGUAGCCGCUGGAAUUGAUGGUAUCACCAAGAAACUCCCACUACCCGCACGAGUUACCGGGGACGCGUACGUUCAGGCAGACGUACCGGCGGAUACUCGCGACCUUCCCAGUACUCUCUCGGGGGCAGUGGAAGCCUUUGAGGAAGACAGCGUUAUCACCGAGGCUUUUGGGCCAGAGUUCUGCAAGGCAUUCCUAGCUGUCAAGCGGUACGAGAUUGAGAAGGGAAUGGAGGCACAAGACAGCGGGGACACAGAGUGGGAAUUUCGCAAUUACUUUGAAAUGACAUAGCGUGAUUUGUCAAUCAGCCAUUAAGUAAUCACCAGUCUUUGAUUUCCUUUUAUGGUGAUUUCAAAUUUCGUUGGGGAUCCAGCUUACUUAACUCACCUCCUAAAACGUGUACAUUGCAUAGUUGAACCUUGUGGAGCUACCUUCAGCUCCAAGUAUCCAUCACUUUGGAUACAAAGUUCGAACCAGUACUUUAAAAGGUGCCAGAUAAUAAUUAUUGAAGUUGAUUUUUUCAGAAACGUCAGAGUUGGCUUAAAAGCUUGAAAGGUCUGGAUACGUAUUAAAGAACCGAGCAGCUAGAUUUUGAACACAGUACAUUUAUAAGUAUACAUUAACACAUUCGUGGUUUCACUUCAUGUUAGUCCAGCAUUUGUAACUUUCUUCGCCUUCAGUUACUGUAUUCGGAGGGCAGGGUACUGUGUUAAUGCUUGCAGAAUAUUUUUUCAACCUUUUCAUUAGUUUAUGUGUAUUUUAGCGUGUAGAGAAUAUUUUGGAAGUACAUGUACUUGGGUUGUGAAAAAUAAACAAUGUAGAGAUGUUUGUAGUUAUGAUCUGCAAUGUAUAGGUUUACAAGUCGAUGUUAUUUCAAAAUCAUCAAUGUGGUGGUUAUCAGAGAAUAUUUAGAGAAUAUUUUGGGGUACUUGGGUUAUGAAGAAUUAGCAAU